AUGGGGCCGCCUCCGAGCCCGCCGAGAGAGGCCGCGCGCGCCGAACCCGACAAGAAGCCCGAGCGCGGCGGCGACUACCUGAUCCAGAUUUUCCAGCCGCCCGAGAAGCGGGUCAAGAAGGUCGAGCAGGAGUGGAAGUGCAUCGAGGACGUGACCAACCCACGGUUGAAGGCCGCCUUCCUGCAGAUGUACGGUUCAGGAGGGCCCCCAUCUCCUGACGUGGACCAGUGCGACUACAGGCACCCGAAGAGGGCCACGUUCAAGGUCACCCUCGAGGUGGAGACCGAGUGG